AUUACUCGAUUUCCUAAAGAGAGCUCGCAUAAUGGUUACUCAAUUGAGUUCUAGUUUUUUUGGGAGAAAAAAAUUAAUGAUACAAAAGCGCUGGUAAAAGAAAGAAAACUUUCCUUCCUUCUCUCCUCUUCUCCAAACAUGAGACCUGAGACCCCAUCCCUCUACGAGUUUCAUCUUCUCUUGUAUUCCCCUCUCUUGAACGACCUUUGGACCUCGAUUUUGGAAUCGACGAGGACCUUUGAAGCUCCUUAUAACCAUUUUCAAGAUUUUCAUUAAAUUUGACCCAUAUAAGAGGACAUAUGAGCGUUUCAUCGUUGAGGCGUGUUGUUUUUGAAAUCUCCCUUGAAGAUUUUUUCUGCUGCUUCCUCGAGAAAAAAAAGAUCCACUCUCAUACGCUUUUUAGCGUCCGUGUCAGUGCUUGGAAGUGGCUUGUGGAAGCUCCAUGAGGCGCACCACUGCUAAAAUUAGCAUUUGUUUUUUUUCCCAAAAUUCAUGAUCUUAUCUCUAUCUCUCUCUGAUGAGUUCGAAUUUCAACAACUGAUUAUUUUCGUCACUGUUCUUGAUAUUUUUCCUUCAAUUUUUUCGUUUAAAAUUUCAUCUUUAUCACUUUGAUCUUUGCGUCUCCCAGUCCCCUUCACAUGGGCUCAUUCAUUUCGACCAAAUGAUUCUCUUGCAGUGUGUAUCGUAGCUCUGUGAUCUGAAUCUAUUCCAUAUUCCUUUUGGUUUUAAAUUUGUAAUCGCCAUGACUGGAAGCUUCAUGGCUUAUCCGUCCGUGCUCUGAUUCACUUCUUAAAGCAUAUCUUCAGUGAAGAAUAAUGCUCUUUCUUCUCACAAAUGCACUAUCGUCUUCCUUUCCUCUCCUCCCCACAUCUCUCUUGUUGCUCAUAAAACGCGGCCUCUGAGCUCAGAACGCCAAAUUUUCCUUCUAUUUCAAAGUUCUAGAGAUAAUUUCCUGGAAAAUCACCCGCAGGUGUGAAAAUUUUCAAUUUAGUGAGCUUUUCCUUGUAUAUUUGCAAAGAAAAGCAACUUUGAUUUGGUGGGUUUCCUGUAUAAACCAGAAAAAUGGUCUCCAAAUCGUAUUCGAAUCUCUUGGAGCUCGCCUCCGGCGAGCCUCCAUCGCUUGGCCGCAUCGGCAGGCUUAUUCCGCGUAUUGUGAAUGUCGCCGGCAUAAUUUCCGAUCUCGACAACGUUGCGUCGGGGAACGUCUCCUGCGACUCGUCUUCCUCGUCGGUUCAGCGGGAUCGCAUCAUCAUUGUAGCUAACCAGCUCCCGAUUAGGGUUCAGAGGAAAUCGGAAAAUAGUAAGGGUUGGAUAUUUACUUGGGAUGAGAACUCCCUUCUUCUCCAGCUUAAGGAUGGAUUAGGAGCUGAUGAAAUUGACGUCAUAUAUGUGGGUUGUCUGAAGGAGGAAAUCCACCCAAACGAUCAAGAUGAAGUCGCCCAAAUCCUCCUUGAGAGCUUCAAAUGCGUUCCCACUUUCUUACCCACCGAUCUGUUUAACCGACACUAUCAUGGGUUUUGCAAGCAACAGCUUUGGCCUUUGUUUCAUUACAUGCUUCCGCUAUCGCCGGAGCUCGGCGGCCGGUUCAACCGGUCGCUCUGGCAGGCUUAUGUCUCCGUUAAUAAGAUUUUCGCAGACAGGAUCAUGGAAGUGAUAAACCCAGAAGACGAUUUCGUGUGGGUUCACGAUUACCAUCUCAUGGUUUUGCCCACCUUCUUGAGGAAAAGGUUCAACAGAGUGAAACUUGGGUUUUUUCUGCACAGCCCUUUCCCUUCGUCGGAAAUUUACAAGACAUUGCCGAUAAGAGAAGAGCUUUUGAGAGCCCUUUUGAAUUCUGAUCUAAUUGGGUUCCAUACUUUUGAUUAUGCGCGGCAUUUCCUCUCCUGUUGUAGUAGGAUGCUGGGUCUUAGCUAUGAAUCCAAAAGGGGUUAUAUAGGACUAGAGUAUUAUGGUCGGACUGUGAGCAUCAAAAUUCUUCCUGUUGGUAUCCACAUGGGGCAGCUUCAGUCCGUCCUGAGCUUGCCAGAAACCGAAACUAAGGUGGCUGAGCUCAUUAAGAAGUUUGGUGAGAAGGGUAGGAUCAUGUUGCUUGGUGUGGAUGAUAUGGAUAUAUUUAAGGGCAUAAGUUUGAAGCUGUUGGCAAUGGAACAGCUGCUUCGGCAGAAUCCGGAUUGGCAGGGGAAGGUGGUUUUGGUGCAGAUAGCGAAUCCGGCUAGGGGCCGGGGAAAUGAUGUGAAGGAAGUACAGGCAGAGACAUAUUCUACUGUGAAAAGAAUUAAUGAAGCAUUUGGAAAGGAAGGGUACGAACCAGUGGUGCUGAUAGAUAAGCCACUCAAGUUCUAUGAGCGAGUUGCUUACUAUGUUGUGGCAGAGUGUUGCUUGGUCACAGCCGUGAGGGAUGGGAUGAAUCUGAUCCCUUAUGAGUAUGUAAUUAGCCGCCAAGGGAAUGAUAAAUUGGAUAAGGUGUUAGGGUUGGAUCCAUCUGCCCCUAAGAAGAGCAUGUUGGUUGUGUCGGAAUUUGUUGGGUGCUCCCCGUCUUUGAGUGGCGCAAUUCGGGUGAAUCCAUGGAAUAUUGAUGCGGUGGCUGAUGCUAUGGAUUGUGCCCUGGAAAUGCCUCAGCCUGAGAAACAGCUCCGGCAUGAGAAACACUACCGAUAUGUGAGCACCCAUGAUGUAGGGUACUGGGCUCGGAGCUUUCUUCAAGAUUUGGAGAGGACUUGUAGGGAUCAUGUCCGACGAAGGUGUUGGGGUAUUGGUUUUGGGUUAAGUUUUAGAGUGGUUGCACUUGAUUCCAACUUUAGGAAGCUCUCAAUGGAGCACAUAGUUUCGGCUUAUAAGAGGACCACAAUUAGGGCGAUCCUUCUGGAUUAUGAUGGUACUUUGAUGCCUCAGGGUUCCAUUGACAAGAGCCCAUCCCCUAAGGCUAUAGAUAUCUUGAACACCUUGUGUAGCGAUAAGAACAAUGUUGUUUUCAUUGUGAGUGCUAGGAGCCGAAAGACGCUCAACGAAUGGUUCUCUCCGUGCGAGAAGUUGGGAAUUGCAGCUGAGCAUGGUUAUUUUCUAAGGUUGAGACAAGAUGCAGAUUGGGAAACAUGUGUGCCAGUGGCAGACUGUAGUUGGAAGCAGAUCGCAGAACCAGUAAUGAAGCUUUACACUGAAACAACGGAUGGGUCUACCAUUGAAGACAACGAAACUGCACUUGUCUGGUGUUAUGAGGAUGCAGAUCCUGAUUUUGGAUCUUGCCAAGCAAAGGAACUUCUAGAUCAUCUUGAGAGUGUUCUUGCCAAUGAGCCAGUUACGGCAAAGAGUGGGCAGAAUAUAGUGGAGGUUAAGCCACAGGGCGUAAGCAAGGGUAUUGUAGCCAAACGGCUACUUUCUACCAUGCAAGAGAGGGGCAUGUCACCAGAUUUUGUUCUGUGCAUAGGAGAUGAUCGAUCGGAUGAAGACAUGUUUGAGGUGAUCAGCAGUUCUAUGGCAGGUCCAUCCAUAGCUCCCAGGGCAGAAGUGUUUGCAUGUACUGUUGGUCAAAAACCUAGCAAGGCAAAGUAUUAUCUAGAUGAUACCAUUGAGAUUGUUAGACUGAUGCAGGGCUUGGCUUCUGUUUCAGAACAAUCAGUUACUGUGUAGGUGUCACAGAGAUAAAAAAGGGUGCCCUCUUUUGCUCUGUGUUUGUAAUUGUAGACAUAGGCUGUGCCAGGUAUUCCGCAUGUUCUUCUGAUGUAAAUUAUUGUAAUCUUACAAAGAGAAGUUAUGCUGUGCCAUACUGUUUUUUCUAGUGUUUGUCCAUCAUAAAGCUGUAAAUAUAUACAUAUUUUGCGCCCUGAAAUUUGAGCUUGUUUCCUUCUAUGGCAAUACAACCAAUGACAAUCUCAUGUUUGACAAAA